UUCCUCGCCGCUAAGGUUCGAGCGGCGGGGAGAGAGUCAAGAUGGCGGACAAGGCGCCAGGCGGUUCGCAGAAGGCCAGUGGGAAGGCCAGGCUGCCAGAUACUACACGUGCCACUGGAUCGCCAGAGACUCAUCCGCUUUUAGAAAGCAAGCUUAAAGCAUUCAGUAUUGGCAAGAUGAGUGCUGCUAAGAGGACUUUAAGCAAGAAGGAACAAGAAGAAUUGAAAAAGAAGGAGGAUGAGAAGGCAGCAGCAGAAAUUUAUGAAGAAUUCCUUGCUGCAUUUGAAGGAAGUGAUGGUAAUAAAGUAAAGACAUUUGUCAGAGGCGGCGUUGUUAAUGCAUCUAAAGAAGAACAUGAAACUGAUGAAAAACGAGGAAAAAUCUACAAACCUUCGUCACGAUUUGCUGAUCAAAAAAAUCAACAGAAAGAAUCGUCCUCUAAUGAGAGACCUCCAUCACUUCUAAUAAUAGAAACCAAAAAGCCACCUUUAAAGAAGGGGGAAAAAGAAAAGAAAAAGAGCAAUUUGGAGCUUUUUAAAGAAGAAUUGAAACAAAUUCAAGAAGAGCGUGAUGAAAGGCAUAAAACCAAAGGUAGAUUAAGUCGCUUUGAGCCACCACAGUCAGAUUCAGAUGGCCAGCGUCGUUCCAUAGAUGCGCCUUCAAGAAGAAACAGAUCAUCAGUGCUUGAUGACUAUGCUCCAGGUUCACAUGAUGUAGGAGAUCCAAGUACCACAAAUUUGUAUCUUGGAAACAUUAAUCCCCAGAUGAAUGAAGAAAUGCUUUGUCAAGAAUUUGGACGCUUUGGACCUCUAGCAAGUGUCAAAAUUAUGUGGCCAAGAACUGAUGAAGAAAGAGCAAGGGAGAGAAAUUGUGGAUUUGUUGCCUUCAUGAAUAGGAGAGAUGCUGAACGCGCAUUAAAGAAUUUAAAUGGCAAGAUGAUCAUGUCAUUUGAAAUGAAACUAGGCUGGGGCAAAGCUGUUCCUAUUCCUCCACAUCCUAUAUACAUUCCUCCUUCAAUGAUGGAGCAUACUCUUCCACCACCUCCUUCAGGACUGCCCUUUAAUGCUCAGCCCAGAGAGAGAUUGAAGAAUCCUAAUGCUCCAAUGUUGCCACCACCAAAAAACAAAGAGGAGUUUGAGAAGACUCUGUCGCAAGCCAUAGUCAAAGUGGUUAUCCCAACAGAAAGGAAUUUGCUUGCGCUUAUACAUCGAAUGAUAGAAUUUGUGGUGCGUGAAGGACCUAUGUUUGAAGCCAUGAUUAUGAAUAGAGAAAUCAACAAUCCAAUGUUCAGGUUUUUAUUUGAGAACCAGACUCCAGCCCAUGUAUACUACCGGUGGAAGCUGUAUUCAAUUCUUCAGGGGGAUGCCCCGACCAAAUGGAGAACUGAAGACUUCCGUAUGUUUAAAAAUGGCUCAUUUUGGAGACCACCUCCUUUAAAUCCAUAUCUCCAUGGCAUGUCAGAAGAACAAGAGCCCGAAGCUUUUGUAGAGGAGCCUAGCAAGAAGGGGGCACUUAAGGAGGAACAGAGGGACAAGUUAGAGGAAAUCCUGCGUGGGUUAACACCGCGUAAGAAUGAUAUUGGAGAUGCAAUGGUUUUCUGUCUUAAUAAUGCUGAAGCUGCUGAAGAAAUUGUAGACUGCGUUGCCGAGUCACUUUCCAUCUUGAAAACUCCACUUCCUAAAAAGAUUGCAAGAUUAUAUUUGGUUUCUGAUGUAUUGUACAAUUCCUCUGCAAAAGUUGCUAAUGCUUCAUAUUACAGAAAAUUUUUUGAGACAAAGUUAUGCCAGAUAUUCUCUGAUCUGAAUGCUACCUACAGAACCAUACAAGGUCAUUUACAGUCUGAAAACUUUAAGCAACGGGUAAUGACAUGCUUCAGAGCAUGGGAAGACUGGGCGAUUUAUCCAGAACCAUUUUUGAUCAAACUACAGAAUAUUUUCUUGGGGCUUGUAAAUAUUAUUGAAGAAAAGGAAGUAGAGGAAGUACCUGAUGAUCUUGAUGGAGCUCCUAUCAUUGAGGAAGAGCUUGAUGGUGCUCCUCUAGAAGAUGUGGAUGGAAUUCCUAUUGAUGUUGCUCCAAUUGAUGAUCUUGAUGGAGUUCCUAUUAAGUCACUUGAUGAUGACCUUGAUGGUGUACCUUUGGAUUCUACUGAAGAAUCAAAAAAGAAUGAGCCGAUUUUCAAAGUUGCCCCUUCAAAGUGGGAAGCAGUGGAUGAGUCUGCUCUUGAAGCUCAAGCGGUAACAACAUCUAAAUGGGAACUGUUUGACCAGCAUGAAGAAUCAGAAGAGGAAGAAAAUCAGAACCAAGAAGAAGAAAGUGAAGAUGAGGAAGACACUCAGAGUUCUAAAUCAGAAGAGCAUCAUAUGUACUCCAAUCCUAUCAGAGAAGAAAUGUCUGAUUCUAAAUCUUCAAGCAAGUACUCAGAAAUGAGUGAGGAAAAGCGUGCCAAACUCAGAGAGAUUGAGCUGAAGGUCAUGAAAUUUCAAGAUGAACUAGAAUCUGGAAAAAGACCUAAGAAGCAAGGCCAGAGUCUUCAGGAGCAAGUAGAACACUAUCGUGACAAACUGCUCCAGAGAGAGAAGGAAAAAGAAAUUGAGAGAGAAAGGGAGAGGGACAAGAAGGACAAAGAAAAAUCCGACUCUAGAUCCAAAGAGAAGAAAGAAAAAGAGGAAUGUACACCAACAAGGAAAGAAAGGAAAAGGCGACACAGCACAUCACCCAGUCCAUCGCGCAGCAGCGGAAGUCGGCGAGCUAAAUCACCAUCACCGAAAUCAGAACGCUCAGAGCGAUCUGAAAGAUCCCACAAAGAAAGCUCACGUUCUAGGUCUUCUCACAAAGAUUCUCCCAGAGAUGCCAGCAAAAAAGCCAAAAGGUCACCAUCUGGCUCAAGGACACCCAAAAGAUCAAGAAGAUCAAGGUCCAGGUCACCUAAAAAGUCAGGGAAAAAAUCCAGAUCUCAAUCCCGUUCUCCACACAGAUCCCACAAGAAGUCAAAGAAAAGCAAACACUGACAAACUCUUUAAUUUUUAUGAUGCUGUCACUUAACUGGAGAUGCAGUUUUGUUUUUGUGCCUGAACAGUCUGUUUUAAAAAACAAAACAAAAAAAGCAUUCCUAAUUUUUUUUUGUGAAUGCACGUGUAUACUCAUAAGUAACUGCAUUGGUAGACCUGUCAUUGUUUUAUAUUGUACAAAAUACCUUCAUUGUGGCUACUUCCCAAGAUGAGAUUUUGUGUUUAGAAGCGUCAUCUGAAAUGUGUGUAACUGAUCUGCUGGCAGUAGUGAUAAUUUUGUUUUAGAAUGUUGUGAGUUGAGGGGGGAAAAUCACAGUUGUUUCCCUCAUUCCCAUUUUUGUAGCUUUGACAACUCAAAUUAGAUUUCAAAUAAAAUCUGAAAAGAAAAUGUUAAAAGAUUGUGAUUUCUUGCCCCUGACACUAAUCUCCAUAGAAUCCCAAUACCCAAGACUGCAGAUGUAAGCAUCUAACAUAAUUGUGCCCUGUGGUGGUCAGGUUUUUAGAAAGCUCUUCAAGUUACCUCAGAAUUUAUCACAUAAAUAUGUCACUUGAUAUUAUGUUUUAGAUAGGACAGGAGUAUCAUAGGACCAUAACAAUACAUUUUACUUAAUACAAGAACACUGUAGCAGUUUUGCAGUUGAGAUUAUGUGUUUUAGUGUUCAUUCUGUGCUAUAAUUUGACUUUCCGGUCAUAGAUUUUGGGCACACUGAGGAUUCUUACCUUGUGCCUUCCAGAUCCUCUGGCUUCAGGAUCUCACAACCAGAAUAAAUAUACAACAGUUCCUUUCAGGAAGAAUGAGUCUGUGUCUGCCUCUCAGACCAAGGGAUGUGACUGUUUUCUGCAAACAUGAUGAUCACUGUAGUAGUUUUACCUGAGUGCUGUUGUAGAUGCUUGGAUAACAAAAUACACAAUAAAGGGGGAAAUUGAGUUGUAAGGCCCAGAACUCAAACUUUAACUUUUCGUCCAUAUUGUGUUCAGCUUGUCCAUAAAUCUGUCCCAUUUUCUUGGCCCGAUAAAUUUAUGGAGCCAUUUAUAAUAACAGCUUAAUCUAGUUUAGACUAGAUUCUAAAUUUCAUCCAAAUGAAUGUGGUUGUUUUAAUACUGAUUUCUACACAUGGAAAUGCCUGGUCUCUACUAUACAAAUUCUUAAUGCAUGUGGUUCUUUUUUGUGUGUGUCAGAUGUUAAACCUGCAGUUCUUUUCUGAAACAUAUAUCUAUCACAUAGCAAUGUUGCAAAGUAUACAGUUCUUCACUUAAUGUGAAGACUUCCCAGUUGGCAUCUUAGGUGAAAUGCCACAUAUUAAAACGUGUUACUUCUUUUUCAUGAAAACAGUGAAAAUUGAAACCAGUGAAAAUUGAAACUAUUUCCUCUCUCAACAAAUGCUGUCAGAAUGAUCAUAACUUUAAAAAAUAAUGAUGAUGAAUUGUCUUUAUAAAGUGGGUUUUAUUCUGGAAGGUGACAUUGUAAAUGCAUUUUUGUAUUAAAUUCAUCCUUUGGCUGUGAAAAUUGUUUUAAAAAAGAGUAGCAGAAAUAAGAUUUUUUAACUUGUAUCUUUUUCUAAUAUACUUGUACUCCCCACCCUGCUUUUCCUCCCUCAUUUUAGAUGCCAUUAUUUUGUUUUAAACAAGCUUUUCUCUUUUGGCAUUGAUAUAACAUAGCACCUCCUCUUGAUCACUUUUUUUCCGUGAAAGAAACCUCAUAAAGUUCAAUGUUUGUUUCCUGGAGGAGUGGGCAGAUUGUAAUAAAAAUGCAGAGUUUAAAGGGA